AUGGCAGUUAACGAAGAGAAUUCAGUUAAUCUUUCGUCAGAAGUUCAACAGAUUUUGUCUACCAAUACACAUUUGAAAUAUCUUCCAGAUAAGAACAAGGUUCACUGUUCCCUAUCUGGGCAUGAAAUGUCUUGUGAGGAAAAAAUUAUUUCUGCUUACCUAAAUGGUAAGAAAUGUCAACGCUUGAAGCAAUUGAAUGAUAAUUCUAGCUUUUCUAAAUAUAAGGAGCACCUUGUUGACAGCAAAAAGAAAUUCCACAAACAUCAACUUUUCUGCUUGCUCACCUUGAAGCACAUUAACAAACAAUCUGUACACAUAGAGAAACAUGUCAAUGGCCGUAAGUUUCAAAAUGCAUAUAAAAGAUGGGAAGAAUGUGAAAAGAAAGGAAAAAAAUAUGUUCCCAUCUCAAGAAAGCAGAAACAACAUGUUGAAGAUGAUUUGGAUGAUUCUCUUAAAAAUUCAAUGGAUAAUGAAGAUGAAGAGUCUGAUAGUGAUGACAGUCUAAGUGACUUAUCUUGCUCUUUUUUCUUUUAUAUCCGUGAAUUCAACUACCCAGACAAGUUACGGCUUUGCUAUAAAAAGGCGCUUUCCUGCAGUGUUUCUAAGAAGCUGAACGAAGUUUUUUUCUUACCCCCUGACCUUCCUUACACUCUCUCUGAAGAAAGUGCCAUCCCGUUGGUCAUUGAUAAUGGUUCUUAUCAGUGCCGAGCUGGAUGGGCAUCCAUGGAUAAACCGCAGUUAAUUUUCAAAAAUGUAACAGCCAAACAAAGAGGCAAGAAGGAAGCUGAGCUUCAGGUUGGUAAUGACAUCAGCAACAUUGAAGUAGUACGUUGGAUACUUCGAACCCAGUUUGACCGAAAUGUUGUUACACAGUAUGAUGUUCAGGAACAAGUGUUUGAUUAUAUCUUCAAUCACCUUGGCAUUGACACUGAAAGUUGUGUUGAUCAUCCUAUUGUCAUGUCAGAAGCCUUAGGGAAUCCAAAUUACUGCAGACAACAAAUGUCAGAGUUGCUUUUUGAGUGUUAUCAUGUUCCACAGGUGGCUUAUGGGAAUGAUGCUUUGUUUAGUCUUUACAAGAACCAUCCCAAACCAGAAUCAGCAAAUGCAUUGAUUGUAGAUUGUGGUUACCAGAGUACCCAUGUCAUUCCAUUCAUCAAUGGCCGACUGAUGGCAGAAAACUGUCGCCGCAUCAAUGUGGGAGGACUUCAUCUUGAUUCCUUCUUACACAGGCUUCUUCAACUUAAAUACCCAAGUCACUUUGCUGCUAUCACUUUAAGUCGUGCAGAGGUGAUAAAAUAUUACUGGUAUCGCUGUAGUAUACCAACAAAUCUAUGCAUAAAUUUCAUCACAGCAGUGUUAAAAAAUGUAUUCAUUGCAACAGGAAAAUUGUCUUUUUUAUGUUCAUUUUUCUGCCAUGUUUUAUUAGCUUUUAUUUUUCUUCUUACCAAUUUCCUUUGA